AUGGUUUUUUUUACCAUUUUGUUAAUUAUUUAAUUAGUAAAUUAUCAAUACCAUAUUCAUUAUAAGAGGAGUAAGUUGAAAACUUAACUUUCAUUUAACUCAGAUUGUUUGUUUGCUAACUAACUUGCUUUUUCAAAAAAAUUUUCAUUUAUUAAGCUUAACUUAAUAAGACUUUCAUUUAUAACUUUAUAAGAAUUAAAUUUGUUUGAUCUAAGAAGCGUCUUAUUAAUUAAAUAGUUGAAAAAUACGUAUCUUAUAGUAGCAAAUAUUUAGGUGUUUUUGCAAAGCCUUUUUAAUCAGCUUUACACAUUAAAUAACUAUUAAACAAAUUUUGUAUCUUUUUUAGAAUAGGCAGAUAGACUAAUGAAGAAUCUGUAAGAAAUAAAUUUAGUUGAUAGAAAUAGUAAAUUAAGUUUGAGGCUGAAAAGACUAACUAAGUGA